AUUAGUACUAUUGGAGGAUAGAUUCGAGGGCAAUUAUGCUGUAGUUGGGAUGGUGAAAGCAACAAAAAAGAGAGCAUUGGUGAAGAAAAAGAGAACGCAAUUCGAUUCUAUUGAUGAUCUCAUAUAUGUAUUUCAUAGUCAUGUGGUUGGAAUAGUUGAGUGA